GAAGCAGUGAGACAGAAGAGAGUGCAGAGAGCAGUCAGAGACAGAGACAGAGUCACUUUACCUCUCCAUUGAAACUUCUCUUUAAAAAACUUUUUCUUCUCGCAAAGGAGAAUGUCGGUGUUUGUGCACACGCUGUUCAGCUUGCUUGUGGUGCUGUGCAGCUUCAGACUCAAUGAUGUUGCUGAGGCUUGCUCCUGUGCCUUGUCACAUCCUCAGGAUGCCUACUGCAAUUCUGACAUAGUGAUCAGAGCCAAGGUGGUUGGGAAGAAGCUGCUGAAGGACGGCCCAUUUGGAACAAUGCGCUACACUGUCAAACAGAUGAAAAUGUACAAGGGGUUUAAUAAGAUGCAGCAUGUUCAGCACAUCUACACUGAUGCCUCUGAGAGCCUGUGUGGCGUGAAGUUCGAGGUGAAUAAGUACCAGUACCUCAUUACAGGUAGAGUGUUUGAUGGGAAGGUGUACACCGGGCUGUGCAACUUCAAUGAGAAGUGGGAGAGGCUGACACUGUCUCAGAGGAAAGGCCUGAACCACCGCUACCAGCUAGGCUGCAACUGCAGGAUUAAGCCCUGCCAUUACCUGCCCUGCUUUGUGACCUCCAAGAAUGAGUGCUUAUGGACGGAUAUGCUGUCAUACAUUGGUUACCCUGGGCACCAGUCCAGGCACUAUGCUUGUAUCCAGCAGAAAGAGGGGUACUGCAGCUGGUACAGAGGAUGGGCACCCCCCGACAAAACCAUCAUCAACACCACUGACCCCUGAGCGACUCCCACUGCACACACAGACA